GCGUGGCCAGUGAUAUUUCGGAGUGUUCUCGGCAGUCAUGUGGUGACACGGUAUGACGUGCAUCACUAGCCACCUGGCACCAUGCAGCAUAAAGAUACACUCUGUCCGUAACUCUUCCGCCAAACUUCGCAACCCAUAGCACGUUUUUCCGCCUAAAGUUUCUCAAUUGCCUUCCAAGAUGAAGCUCCUCCAUCUGAUCCUCCUCUCGGCGGCAACCGCAUCCGCACAGUUCUUCGGCACAUCCUCGAGCAAUCCGACGCCGCAAGCCCGCCACCUCAACGUGACGGCGGACGUAGCGUUCCCUGCCGCGCCGCUGGACCUCGCCGCGCGGCCACGCCUCAUCAAUGGCGUCGCGACCACGGUGAACGUGCAGGUGGCGAACCAGGAGGCGGAGCCGAUCGUGGUCGAGUACAUUGGCGCCAGCCUUGUCGACACCGCGCGCAACGUCGUCGUCAAGAACUUCACCAGCGCCAAGGUCGGUACCGUGCUGGAAUCUGAGCUGCAGCUCGACCAGGAGUACGCCUUCACCGCGGACCUGGCAGAGCAGGUGCUCAACCUCGUCGUCGCCGUUGUCAUCACUACCCCCGCCGGCGAGGUCGUCAGCGUUCAGGCUUACAACGGAACUGUGUUCAUCGUCGAGCCUGAGGCGAGUAUUUUCGAUCCGCAGAUGCUGUUCCUGUACAUUCUCCUCGCCGCAGGCUUCGCAGGCACGCUGUACGUUGCGUACAACACGUGGAUCGCGAGCGUGCAGCCGAAGCAGAAGCGGAAGUUUGAUACUCCCAAGCCCGUCGCUCCCGUGGUCCUCUCGUCGGGAACGGGCGCGCAGUACGACGAGGGCUGGAUUCCGGAACAUCAUCUCAAGAAGCCGCAGGUCAAGACGAGGGCGGCCGGGCCCACUACUGGGAGGAAGGUCAGGAAAGUCGUGGAGUAGAGUAGAGAGGGAGGAUGAUGGGUGGGAGGGGGGUCAAUUUAAUAGUAUUUAUGUGUUUUGUUAUGGCAUGGAGUGGAGGGGAUGCGAGGUUUGCGGCGUUGUAUUCUACCUACAUAUGAUGGGAUCUGGGGAGGAUCCAGAAGUUACAGCUUAUGUUGCAUUGUUGCUGCGUCUGGAACAAUUGAUUUUAGUUACGGGUCAGAUAGUGUGAAUAUCAUCAACCUGCUCCACAU